AUGAGGGUUUCAACUCUUCUCCUCGCCUUCUCCACCUGCGUCCUGGCAGAGGAUGGCUUGGACGGCUGGCUCCGAUACGCUCCCCUGCCAGCGCACCAAGUUUCAAGCCAUGCUAAAUCCUUGCCUCGCAACAUCCGUGUCAUUGGCGGCUCAAAAAAUAGCCCACUGCAAAGUGCUGCGUCCGAGCUUCAGAAGGGCUUCAGUGGCAUUCUCGACAUCGAUUUGAAGACCGCAGAAAGCAAAAAGACUUGCGACUUCGCCAAGACCAUAGUCGUCACUACUGUGGACAACCUGGAAAAGACAUGUCACGAUAAGCAGAAGCAUCCCAAACUGGAAGAGGAUGGAUACUGGCUCAGCACUUCCGACAACUCUGUCAAGAUCAUUGGUCAGAAUGAGCGCGGCGCCCUUUACGGCGCUUUCGAGUACCUGUCGAUGCUCGGUCAGGGCAACUUUAAACAUGUGGAGAAAGCCUCCAACCCCAGUGCGCCAAUUCGCUGGGCUAAUCAGUGGGAUAACCUCAACGCAAGCUCAACCCAUGGUUCCAUCGAGAGAGGUUACGGUGGUCCCUCCAUCUUCUUUGACGGCGUCAAGAACGUUCGAAAGGAUCUCUCACGCGUACCUCUUUUCGGUCGUCUUCUCGCUUCCAUUGGCAUCAACGCCGUAGUGAUCAACAAUGCCAACGCUGACGUGCGUCUCUUCAAUGAGGAAAACCGUGACGGUCUCGUCGAGAUUGCCGAUCUUCUUCGACCCUGGGGUGUUCAAGUUGGCCUUUCGCUCAACUUUGCCUCGCCUAACUUGCUCGGCGGCCUGGAUACCUUUGAUCCUCUUGACAAAAAGGUGAUCAAGUGGUGGCACGAUUUGACGGACGGACUCUAUGAGCGCAUUCCCGAUAUGGCUGGCUACUUGGUCAAGGCCAAUUCUGAGGGUCAGCCCGGCCCUAUCACCUACAACCGCACACUGGCGGAUGGCGCCAACAUGUUCGCCAAAGCCCUGGAGCCUCAUGGAGGAAUUGUCAUGUUCCGAGCUUUCGUCUACGACAAGCUCGACUGGACUGACUGGAAAGCUGACCGUGCCAACGCUGCUGUCGAGUUCUUCAGCGAGCUUGAUGGAAAGUUUGACGAUAACGUUGUUGUGCAAAUUAAGUACGGUCCCAUUGACUUUCAAGUUCGAGAACCGGUCAGCCCACUGUUCGCACAUCUUCGCAACACAAACAGUGCGAUUGAGCUGCAGAUCAGUCAGGAAUACCUAGGCCAACAAUGCCAUCUUGUGUAUCUGCCUCCACUGUGGCGAACCAUCCUUGACUUUGAUAUGCGUGUCGACGGCAAGAAGUCCAACGUCCGCGACAUUGUUUCCGGAAAGGUCUUCAAGCGCAAGCUGGGAGGCUACGCAGGUGUCACCAAUGUUGGGCUUGACAAGACUUGGCUAGGAAGUCAUCUAUCAAUGUCCAACCUUUAUGCGUUUGGUCGCAUGGCUUGGAACCCUCAAGCCGACCCUCAGGAAGUUCUCGAAGACUGGACCCGCUUGACCUUUGGUUUGGACAACAAGGUUCGAAAGGCAAUCACUGAGAUGUCUAUGGAAUCCUGGCCAGCGUACGAGAACUAUUCUGGUAACUUGGGUAUUCAGACUCUGACUGAUAUCCUCUAUGCCCAUUACGGACCUAACCCUGCCUCUCAGGACAACAACGGUUGGGGUCAAUGGACCAGGGCGACUCGCGAUCACAUCGGAAUGGACCGUACCGUAAAGAACGGAACUGGGAAUGCUGGUCAAUAUCCUGCUGAGGUGGCCGAGCGGUUCGAGAACCCUGAGACCACUCCCGAUGAUCUAAUGUUAUGGUUCCAUCACGUCCCUUAUGGUUUCAAGCUCCACUCUGGAAAGACUGUUAUCCAGCACUUCUAUGAUGCUCAUUACAAGGGUGCCAAUACAGCACAGACUUUCCCCAAGCUGUGGAAGUCACUCCAAGGAAAGGUCGACAGUGACCGGUUCAAGCAUGAGCUCUUCAGACUUAACUACCAGGCCGGCCACUCAAUUGUCUGGAGAGAUGCCAUUAAUGAGUUCUACCGUAACCUUUCUGGUAUUGCAGACACUCAAGACCGAGUCCGCAACCACCCUUACAGAAUCGAGGCUGAGAAGAUGGACCUUGAUAACUACCACACUGUCAACGUGACACCGACAGAAACAGCGUCAAAGUACGUUGCCGUAUACACAAACGGAACUGGAACAGCCACAACCAAGCUGAAGUUCAAGAAGGGAACCUACAAUCUCGCAGUGAACUACUACGAUGUUGCAAGGGGCAAGGCUACCUGGGCGGUAUACCUUAACAAACGACUGGUGGGCAAGUGGAUUGGAGAUAACGAAGAGAAGCUCGGACACUGGCCUAGCGACUUUCUCGACGGCCACUCCGCUACUCGAAUGACCUUUGAGGGAGUUAAGAUUAAGCCUGGUGAUGAGUUGACUAUCAUUGGAAAGGCUGAUGGUGCAGAGAAGGCCGCAUUGGAUUAUAUUUCGCUUCUGCCUGAGGGUGUCGUUGAUUGA